AUGUCUGCAAAUAAUAUUCUGCUAUCAUGUAGUUCAACAUUAUAUCCAUUGUUAGAUAACUUGUUUAGUGAGAAAGAGAGUGAAAACGAAGAUGAGAAUAAGGAUGGUGUCAUAAUAAUUAAUGAUGUUGAUAAACUUUGCUUUAAGGAUAGGGAUCCAAAAAAUGCUUUUAAGAUAGAAGAUACUAAUAUUUCUCAGUUAUUUCAGAAAUAUCAAAAUGAAUCAGUAAAGAUUGCAAAGACUACAG